AUGGCAAUGAAUGGGCACAACGACGGCAUCGCCGGGCUCAAGAAUGAGUUGUAUGUGGGCUCCAACAGUUUCAACCCCGGCGGGGUCCGCACCGAUCCAGAUGCCAUCCGCAGGCAGAGCGUGGCCGCCAUGAUGAACAACGCAGCGGGCGAGAUCCGCAAUCCGUUACUUGGUUUCUCGAAAGACCAGCUAAUGGACGAUGUCGACGUGUUCGCAGAGAAGCACGGCAUGCAGGAGCAAAUCCCACUCCUGCGCAAGGGAGCACUGGUCGCUCAGAACCCGACCGACUUCGAGAACAUCAUGGAGCUAGACGACAACGAUCGCCAGGCGCUCCGGGAUGAGGUAUUGCACCGCUGGCGGCACCCUUGGCCACUCUAUCUGACGAUCACCCUCUGCUCCGUCGCCGCCGCAAUCCAGGGGUGGGAUCAGACCGGCAGCAACGGGGCUAACCUAUCGUUUCCUAUCGAAUUUGGCAUUUCGGAUCAGGUACCCUAUUGUGAUCCAGUCAACCCCAACGCACGUCGGUGCACCAACAACAGCUGGCUUAUUGGGUUCAUCAAUAGCUGUCCAUACAUCGCCAUAGCCGUCUUCACCGCAUGGAUAUCAGACCCCAUUAAUGAUUUGCUUGGUCGACGAGGGACCAUCUUUCUCGGUGCGGUAUUUUCCUUCAUCGCACCCAUCGGAUCAGGCUGCACGCAGUCUUGGCCGGAACUGGUUGUUUGCCGCAUUUUACUCGGCGUCGGCAUGGGUCUUAAAGAGGUCACAGUACCGGUAUACUCUGCUGAAAACGCUCCGUCAGUGAUACGCGGCGGCUUGGUUAUGUCCUGGCAACUCUGGACGGCGUUUGGCAUCAUGCUAGGCUACUCGGCAAACCUAGCUGUUUUCCGAGUCGGUCCGAUUGCGUGGCGCCUGCAGCUUGGGUCUGCUUUCAUACCAGCCGUGCCCUUGCUGUUGGGCGUGUGGUUCUGCCCAGAAUCACCCCGCUGGCUGCUCAAGAAGAAGAAGGUGUUAAAGGCCUACAAGGCGCUGCUCAGACUACGCAUGGCGCCCUUGCAGGCAGCAAGGGACGUCUACUACAUUCAGGCGCAGCUCGACCAAGAGGAGCGUCUUGUCGAGGAGAAGGGUCUGGCCAGGCAUGCCAAUCUCUUCACACGUUUUGUGGAGCUCUUCACGAUUCCGCGCAAUACCCGGGCGGUAGCAGCUUCUGGCAUUGCUAUGAUUGCCCAACAGAUGUGUGGCAUUAAUAUAAUUGCCUUCUACAGUAGUACCAUCUUCGUCGCGGCAGGCUUUCCGGAGACCAACGCCUUGCUCGUCUCCUGGGGCUUCGGCCUGGUCAACUUUGCUUUUGCGUUACCUGCAGUGUAUACAAUCGACACUUUCGGGCGGCGUGGUCUGUUAAACUUCACAUUUCCCAAUAUGGCCUGGUCACUGCUCACUGCUGGACUAUGCUUCCUCAUACCUGCGACCGGGCCAUCUUCUGAGGCUCAUCUUGCGACUGUCGCCUUAUUCGUUUUCAUCUUUGGAGCUUUCUACAGCCCUGGUGAAGGACCUGUGCCGUUCACCUAUUCCGCGGAAGUCUUCCCUCUCAGUCACCGUGAAGUCGGCAUGUCCUGGGCCGUUGCAACGAAUAACUUCUGGGCGUCAAUCCUCUCGCUGUCCCUUCCCGCCAUGUUGAUCGCCUUCACGCCAACUGGCGUGUUUGGCUUCUAUGCCGGGCUUAACAUCAUCGCCUUCUUCCUCAUCUUCUUCUUCAUGCCCGAAACCAAGCAGAGGACUUUAGAGGAACUCGAUUAUGUCUUCGGAGUGCCAAUGAAGACUCACGCUCACUUCCAGGGCACGAAGAUGUUCCCGUGGUGGUUUAGACGGUGGGUUCUCUUCCGCCGAGGCGGGCCGAUGCCGCAGCUUUAUCAUUUCGAAGACACUGCGGCGAUGAGCCAGUAUGAGUCGGAGAAGAUCAGGGUUGCGCAGGAGGAAGAUACGGCCGUCAAGCAAGUCUGA